UAAUGACCUUGUGUAAUGGCCGUAAAGAAUUCAGCCCAAAAGUCAUUUUAUUUUCUGGACUGGUUACAUUUUUUUUAUCUUUAACUUAUUUUGACAGUCUAUUUUUUAAAAUAACUAAAUAAUCCGCGCUAAAAAUAUUCGUAAUGAAUCGACAUUAAUAACUCUACACCGUGCUUCUUCUGGCUCUUGUUAGUACCUAGUCAAAAUUGGCAUGUAUGAUUUAGUUAAUCGAGAACGGUCAUUCACUUAUUGUGCCACAGGUUAGUAUAAUAUUAAUAAUAGUUUAUCAAAUACUGUAUUAUAUAGAGAAUUAGUCAGUAAGAGAGAAUUGUAAACAAAUUUUAUUAUUAACGUGCUAUUCUGAAUUAAACUUUAAGAGAAGAGGCAUUAUGUUUAAACAGUAGCUGUAUUAAGAAAUUAUAAUGUAGGGUCAAUCACUUAAGGAGACACGAGAGAUACUGACGAAAAGUGCAUCGUCGUCAGCAACGAUUCUUCUCUAAAAUAUGGCGUCACGUGCAAGGAAAGCAGUAAAUAAUAUAAUAAUGAAGAAAGUCGGAAUUGCUCACCUGGGACUAGAGUCAAAAAGAAAUUACUACUGCAUGUCUGAGGAGAAAAAUACAGCAGAAUCAGCAUCGAGAAAAGAUGUAGUUUCAGCAUGUAAGGAAAGAGUGAGAAACUAUUAUCAAACCGAGUUUGAGUGUAUGAGAUCGUUCUGUUUCGAAGGAAACAUCUACGAUUUUCCAAUAAAAGAUUACUAUUUCGAUUUGCCACUGGAAAAAGCACUUCUGUUCGAAGGAAAUGUUACAAAAAAAGUAAAAUCACAAGAGUUAUUUGCCGAUAAGCAUAACAGAUAUCAAAGUAUUUUGGUUUCUGGAAAUCCGGGAUACGGAAAAUCCACUCUUUGCAAGAAAAUCGCGUACGAUUGGUCUUGCGAUGGAAAUGUAAAAGAUUACGUGAAACAUUUCGAUUUGGUCGUGGUCAUAAGUUUAUCCCAUCUUGGUACAACGAAUGUAAAAGAUGCUGUUUUUGAUAAAUUAUUUCCGGAAUCGCGUAAAGAAGCAAAAGAAAUUCUGGAAGCGGAAGAAUUAAAUCUGUUGGUUAUUCUGGAUGGAUUUGACGAGACAACUAACAAAAAAUCUGUAUUAAAAUUUAUUAGAAAAGAUUCAUUUUACAUUUCUUCGAAUGACGAUCCUCGUCACCAGUCGACCAGAAGCCGCUGAAUGCAUUAAAGGGUACGUGCAAAUGCAUUUGUUGUUGCACGGUUUCGGGGAUGUAGAACGAGCUCAGUAUAUUAAACUAAUGUUUAGAGAUGAGAAAGAUGCUUUAAAACAAAUUGAAUUGAACAACUUAUUGUUGGAAGGUAGAUUUAAUUUUGAAUUUAAUAGAUGUCCUCUGUUGGUACACGUGUUGUGCUGUGUCUUCAAACACACCAGAAUCAAUUACGAAGAAACAAAGACUGACUUGUUCAUUCGAAUAUUUGAUGUCUUUUCUGAAAGUUACAUACGCAAGUAUGCAAAUGUAAAAAAUUUCCAGAGAGGAAAAUAUUUCUUAGGAGAAAAUUUGUUAAUUAAAUUGGGAAAGCUUGCAAGUUUUUCAGGUAAAGUUUCACGGAUAAUUUUGGAAAAGCAUUUCCCUAAUAAAGAAGAUCUUAACUUCAUCGUGGGAAUGGGUAUCCUCGUUGAAUCUCCACGCUUCGAUAAUGAGAAGUAUUACGAAUUUCUUUACGACUGUUUUAAGGAAUUUUUCACAGCUUUGGUUAUAUGUAACGAUUCUUCAUUUUCUUCUAGAAGAAAGUUGUCUAACAGAACGAAAUUACUUAUAUUAGGACUAUCUAAGAAUUGGUAAUUUCCUUGAUGUAAACUACAAUGUGUUAUGUAUUUUUAUAGUUUUUACAAACUACUUCCUGAUAA